AUGAUCUCGAUUGCAGCUACUGCAUGCAGUGGAGUGCUUAUCUCGCCAAUUCAUAUUUUGACUGCCGCUCAUUGCUUGUUUUAUACCAGAGCGCCAGCUUUACCAAAGGAGGAAUGCACACAGAUCGGUUUCAGUAACAGUCGCCAGGCUAGAUCCGACACUUUUUCGGUCUUCGUCGGUAGUCGAUGUAUUGAUCCAAAUAGAUGCAGGAUACCGUGGAUGACGCCCGCUCAUGUGUACUAUCAUGAAUACUACAAUGAAUGUAGCUCAGAAAAUGAUAUAGCAAUCUUUGAACUCGCUGAUUACGUUCCUAGGCACUGGGCUACACCCAUAUGUUUACCGGAGAGGAACCAGACAAUCGCUCGUUACCUUAAUGUGGCAGGAUCAGGAUGGAGAGGCAUGCGUGCGUUUCAGUGUGUCGAGUCGCUCUACUGUUUGACUAUGAUCAAAAGGCAAACGUAUAGAGAAAGAAAAGGGUCCAUGUUCCCAAUCUGUAUUCGCAAAAUUUGCGCACCAUUAAAAUCUCUUGCUGAGUGA